CAAUGGAGGGCACCGGCAAAAAGAGUCGCAAAAAGGUCGACCCCAAAGUGCUGGAAGCUUGCAUGAGCGCGGUUCGUUCCGGGGAAAAAUCCUUCUACGCCGCCAGCAAGUCCUACGGCAUUCCGACCUCCACCAUCCGCUACCGGAUGAGCGAUGAAUGGAAGAACCGAGCUCAGAAAGGGUCGGGCACGGUGCUGACGCCGGCCGAGGAGAAACGGAUCAUUGGCUGGCUGCAGGACAGCGAGGCAAAGGGUCUUCCGGUGGGGAAGCAAACGCUUCUUUUUAAGAUUAGAGAUUUGCUCGUGGAAAACCCGCGACCGACACCGUUUAAGGACAAUGUUCCGGGUCGGAAGUGGCUCACUGGAUUUCUCAAGCGUCAUCAAGGAAAAGUAACGCUGCGAACCGCUGAAGCGGUAAUUGCGGCCGGACCAUCCAGCAGUCGCGACCCCGCCGAUGAAACCAAGGAUAUCAAGCAGGAACGCUUGGAGGAAAUUUUCGCCGAGCCGAUAACCAUCCUAAAGGGCCACAAAUCGGAACCUCCUUCAACGUUUUGCUCGCUCUGUUUGCGGCAAUGCUUGGAGGAGCAGAUCCAGGAAUUUUCCUCCUACCAGAGUUGGAACGGGGCCAGCUGCGAAGAUCGUCGGGGGAAGUUGGAGCAGAUGCUGGGAGGCGUGCAGAUUGACGGGGACAUUUGUCGGACCUGUUGGCGCAUGGUCGAGCUGGCCGUGGACUUCCGGCAGAGCUGCUUGAAGAUAGUUGAGAUGAAGGAGAGGUUUCCGGUUGGAGUUGCGAGGAAGGAUGGGGACGUGGAAGAAUGGUUUGCUGGAGGAACCUUGGAAGGUUUGGGUCGAACGCGGAAGAUGGUGCAGGAUCAUGUGGAGCGCGUAGAGUUCGCGGAGGUCAGUUUGAGGAAUGAAAUCAACAUGAAAGUAGAGAAGGGUUCUGACGAUGAUAUGGCUUUGUUGGAAGAAGAUACGGAUUUUUGUGAAGAUCACUUCGAAGCAGACGCUGGAAGCAAUCCUGAUGAAUCAACAGAGAACGUGGAAGAACCCAGCGAUGAACCAGACUUAACUCUGGCCGAAAGCAUCCCAAUUCCACUGUUCACUUGUACCAGCUGCAACAGAUCGUUCGAGAGCAAAGUGUCGCUGCACGUCCAUCUGAACUACUGCGACAGUUCGAAAACGGAACCUAUCCGCACGUUCAGCUGCACAGUCUGCUCGGCGGAUUUCAUGUGCCGCGAGUCGUUGACCGGCCACCUCAACAAGCACAAAGGAAUCAAACCGUUCCAGUGUUCCAAACCCAGCUGCACCAAGACCUUCUACAGUCCGAUGACGCUGCGCGUCCACGAGCGAGGUUGCGGCUCGUCCCCGUUCGUUUGUGCGCUGUGCGGAGUGACCACCAAGACCCUUUCGAGCUACAGAGCGCAUCAGGAGACACAUAACGAGCGUACGCUGGCCUGUCCGGAUUGUGAUAAGAAGUUCUCGUCGAGGACCUACCUCAAAAAGCACCAGAAGGUGCACACGAACGCACGGAACUACCCGUGUACGGAGUGCGGGAAGACGUUCAAGACGAACUAUGCGGCGCGGGUUCAUAUGAGGAUUCACACGCAGGAGAAGCCGUUUAGUUGUGCGAUUUGUGGGAUGGGAUUCGCGUACAAAUGCUUAGUGAAACCGCACAUGGAGAAGAACCACGAGGGAGCGAUUUAAUAAAUCUUGACGAAGGAAUGUUUCACUUCA